CCCUCUCCCCUCCCUCUUGCAAACACCACCGCGCCUCCCCUGCCAUCGUCGCCACCUCGCCCGACGCUCCGCAGCUCGCCGCGAGCCGGCCGGGGGAGGGUGGUUGGGGUGUGCUGCGUGUGUGUGUGUGUUGGAAAGGGGGAGGCGGUGCUCCGAGCGUGCGCGCCCCGGGGCGCCUGAUGAGCAGUCCCCGCCGCAGCCGCCAGUGACCCAAACGCCGGCAGUCCGAGUUGAGGGGUGGGGGGGAUCGGGAAACGUCUCGCUCAUGCUGCGGGGGCGACCUUGAGCGCACCCCACUUCCCAAUCCGAAGGGGACUUCUCCUCCGAGACAUCCCGAACCCCGUGUCCGGGUCUCGCCCUAGCCAGUCCCCCACCAAGCCCACCCCACCCCACCCCAGCUUGUUCCGCGCGCUUGGACAUGGAAGGGGCCGCUGCGCCCGCCGCGGGGGAUGGCCCCGAUUUGGGGCCGGGGGCGCCAGGCUCUCCUCCGGACGCGGUGGCGGGGGCUUCUGCAGCCCCGGCGGUGGCGGCGGCGGCGGCCACCGAGCCCAGGAAGCCUCACGGCGUGAAGCGACAUCACCACAAGCAUAAUUUGAAGCACCGCUAUGAGCUGCAGGAGACGCUGGGCAAAGGCACCUACGGCAAAGUCAAGAGGGCCACCGAGAGGUUUUCGGGCCGAGUGGUUGCUAUAAAAUCCAUUCGUAAGGACAAAAUUAAGGAUGAACAAGACAUGGUUCACAUCAGACGAGAGAUUGAGAUCAUGUCAUCCCUCAACCAUCCUCAUAUCAUCAGUAUUUAUGAAGUGUUUGAGAACAAAGACAAGAUUGUGAUCAUCAUGGAGUAUGCCAGCAAAGGGGAGUUGUAUGACUACAUCAGCGAGCGGAGACGCCUCAGUGAGAGGGAGACCAGACACUUCUUUCGGCAGAUCGUGUCCGCUGUGCACUACUGUCACAAGAACGGUGUGGUCCACCGGGACUUGAAGCUGGAAAAUAUACUGCUCGAUGACAACUGCAACAUCAAGAUUGCUGACUUCGGGCUUUCCAACCUGUACCAGAAGGACAAAUUCUUGCAGACAUUUUGCGGGAGCCCACUCUAUGCAUCUCCUGAAAUUGUCAACGGGAGGCCUUACCGAGGGCCAGAGGUGGACAGCUGGGCCCUGGGAGUGUUGCUUUACACUCUUGUUUAUGGAACAAUGCCCUUCGACGGCUUUGAUCACAAAAACCUCAUUCGGCAGAUCAGCAGCGGAGAGUACCGGGAGCCCACACAGCCUUCAGAUGCUCGAGGUCUCAUUCGGUGGAUGCUGAUGGUGAACCCGGAUCGUCGGGCCACCAUCGAGGACAUUGCCAACCACUGGUGGGUGAACUGGGGUUACAAGAGCAGCGUCUGUGACUGCGAUGCCCUUCCCGACUCCGAGUCCCCGCUCCUGGCGCGGAUCAUUGACUGGCACCACCGCUCCUCUGGGAUACAGGCUGAGGCCGAAGCCAAAAUGAAAGGCCCGGUGAAACCUGGAGCCUCUGAGGUCAUGCUGGAGCGGCAGCGGUCACUGAAGAAGUCUAAGAAAGAGAAUGACUUUGCCCAGUCCAGUCAGGACUUGGUACCCGAAAGUCCAUCUAAGCUGAGUUCCAAGAGACCCAAGGGCAUCCUGAAGAAACGCGGCAACAGUGAGCAUCGCUCUCACAGCGCCGGUUUCAUCGGAGGCAUCGUCGGUCCCACCUUACCGUCUCCUUUUAAAAUGGAGCCGGACUUGUGCCGAACUGGCAUCCCCCUCCCCAGCUCCCCUGAGACAGAUGUGCCAGGGAAACUCAGUCCCAAGCAGUCAGCCACAAUGCCCAAGAAAGGAAUCUUGAAAAAGACCCAGCAGAGAGAGUCUGGUUACUACUCAUCCCCAGAGCGCAGUGAGUCUUCAGAGCUGCUGGACAGUCAUGACAUGAUGGGCAGUGGCCUCCCUUCCCCUAGUCCCCCAGACCCAACCAGGGGGACUUCUUACAGCCUGUCCUGCCGGAGAAAGGGCAUCUUGAAACACAGCAGUAAGUACUCAGCAGGUGCCACAGACCCUGCCCUCGCCAGCCCCCAAGUGCCCACACUGGAAUCCUUGUCGACACCCGGUGUCCCCGCCGAUGGCCUCUCCCGGAGCUACAGCCGCCCCUCCAGCAUCAUCAGUGACGACAGUGUCCUGUCCAGUGACUCUUUCGACUUGUUGGAUUUGCAGGAGAACCGCCCUGCCCGCCAGCGCAUCCGAAGCUGUGUCUCUGCCGAAAACUUCCUUCAGCUGCAGGACUUUGAGGCGCUGCACAACAGGCCCCGACCCCAGUACCCGAAGCGGCACCGGAACCGGCUGGCGGACAGCAGCUUCUCCCUCCUCACAGACAUGGACGACGUGACUCAGGUGUACAAGCAAGCGCUGGAGAUCUGCAGCAAGCUCGACUAGCCCCGCAGGGCGUGGGGACCAGAGUGGGUGGGUGGGGACCAGGGAGGAGAGGCAGCGGGACUUGGGUGGACAGGAUGGGUAUCUCUUUGCUGGUCAUGACAGCAGACUGGAAAAGGACUGGCGCCGUCUGGCUUGGUCAGGUUUGCAGCGUGGAGCCAGCAGCUGAAAGGGAGAAGUGGUCCUCUGCCAGUUCUCCCAACUGCCAGUUAGAAUAUGGGUUCGAAUUGGCAUGUGCAUAUGUCGCCUUGUGGAGAACCAGCUGUCCAGGCAAGGUGGUGUUGGCCAGCACUUAGUGUGGAGGAGUAUAAAAGGGAGGGGACACCCAAAAUACUUAGAGGGGGCAGAAGGACUAGGACCAUCUGCUUCGGAUGAGUCUGAAGAGCUUGUUCCCUCUCUUCCAUUAGCAAACUUGGUCUGACUGCAGGUCUGGGGAGAUUGCAGCAAUCUGACUUUGAAUUGGUGAUCGGUUGGUAAUGUCUGCGCUGUGUGCUGAGAUGAGUGGCCCAGGCGCAUAUGUGAGGGAAUGGUGUGAUGGAGCAUGCACGGCUGCCAUGGAAAGAGGAGUGGAAGCAAUUGCACUCAUGCCGUGUAGCUGUCGUCCUUGACCUAACUGAGCCCUGGGCAUUAGGUUCAAGAAUCCCACGGGGCCUGUGUUAACUCAUUCAUGCCACAGUGGGGUACUGCUAGUUUGCCCCAUGACCUCGAAUGGGGGAGGGAGAAUGUUUUGAACUCUGCUAAGGAGACAGAAUCAAGGCAAGGUAAUUUUCUGGCGCUCUGCUUUCUCUUUCCGGAUGUCUGCCUUCUAUGAAGGUGGGCAAGGAGAAGAUGGCCGUGUCCAGCCACAGAUGUUGGGUAUGACAGAGCACAGGACCCCUGUGGGCUUCGCUCAGUCAAAUGCAAGGUGAGGUACACCAGCAAGGGGCAGCUUGUCAUUUGUUAAAAAGUAUCUCAAUAGUAACUGGAAACCUGCCUCUUGGGUUCUCGCCUGCAUGGAUGCUCUCAUGAGAUCUGUACCGCCCACCGUCUCCAGGGAGGGUACCUGGUGCAGCUGCUGGCAUUGCUCACUGGUAGUGGACACUCUCCCCAUCCACCAGUGUGGAAUCCUCACAGCCAAUGAGCUUGCUUCUAGGAGUUAGUAUGUAGGUAGGAGAUGUGGAUGAAGAAAAGAAAGUCUGACAGAAAGUGUUUUAAGCAUUCUGUCUCAUGGUUCUGAACUCUGACAUGAACUCCUGUACUUUGGGGAGAAGGCAAAUUCCAUCGAUCCAUUGGACAAGGUGUUGAAAGAACAGAGUGGGUCAGGAAGAAGCUUCGAGAAGAGUAACGUUUUCAUAGGAGCCAUUCCAGAUAGCUUUGGAGGAGGCAGGGAAAAAAAGUGUGAAAGGAUUCUUAAAGACAUUUAAGCUAGCUAUUUAGUUUCUAAACUCUCAGAUUAGCGAUGAUGUCAUUCUCAAGGUGGGCACCUUGAGGAUCUGGGGCUGAAAUGAAUGGCCCUGCUGGGAUGAUCUUGGAAUCCACUGGCUUAUGUAAAUCAAAAUCCUUACUCCAAGUUGGCCACCUUCUGAUGGCCCCUUAGAGAGAGAGGAGGAUAUCUUGGGAAGAAAAAAAAAAUAGAAUUCACAUUAAA